AUCGCUAUCGCAACCUCCCAUUUGUGACAUUUUUCUCUUAAAUAUCAACAUUCAAGGGCUUCAUUGCUCCCUACUACUACUUAAUUAUUAGUACUUCUUUAAGAGGCAAACAAAAGAUGGGAGCACAAAGAUCUACGUCACUGUCUAAGAAGACGGGAAACAAGCUUCACCGCCAAUCGUUAUACGUUAAGCAAAAAAGAGAGCGUGAAAAAGAGAAGCGCGAGUCUCGUUUUCGAAGGAAGAAAGAAGAGGAAAGGGAACCUGAGCUUCGAAGAGAACGAAUUGCGCGAAACAUACCAGCGACUAUUGACAGAAAACGAGUCUGGGACGAUGUUGACGACGAUGGACUGGGCGCAAGCGUUGAUAUGGAGCAGCUGCUCAAGAAAAGGCGCCUACAGCAAGAGGAAGCAGAGGAGGAGUUAGCUGCAGAGGCGGCAAAUGGCAACGAAUCUGAAGAAGAAGGCGACGAAGAAGACAGCAUGCUAGGUUCGGACGACGAAGAGGAAUCCGACGAGGAGGCAGCGGCAAAGGCUCGCGCAAAGCAAGUCAUCCGAGACGAUAGCAUGGCGCCGUCAACCACAUCAACAAACCUCGAUCUCACACCAGAAUCAUUGGUGGCUAAAUUCCCGUCACUGUUCUCUAACGAUGGGCCUGCGGAACCCCAAGUCUUAGUUACCACUACCCUCAACUCGACCAUUCACGAUGAAGCAAGAUUGCUUUGCAGCCUGUUCCCACAUAGCACAUAUAUACCACGGUCGGCGCACAAAUACGGUCACAAGUACAGCGUAAGAGAGAUCUGCAAGUUCGCAGCGAAUAGGGGUUUCAGUACUGUUAUGAUUGUGAGAGAAGACCAAAAGAAGCCAAUUGGUCUGGAUAUUGUCCAUCUGCCUUCGGGGCCGACAUUCCACUUCAGCAUUUCAAAUUGGGUCGAAGGAAAGAAGUUGCCGGGACAUGGUAAUCCGACGAACCACUACCCGGAACUCUUACUUAACAACUUCAAAACACCGUUAGGUGUUCUCACUGCGAGACUCUUCCAGUCCCUUUGGCCUAAAACUCCUGAGCUUCAAGGUCGCCAGGUGGUUACGUUACAUAAUCAACGCGACUACAUCUUCUUGCGCCGACAUCGAUAUGUCUUCAGAGAGAAACGAGCGACGGAGAAGAGUGUGGUCGGCGCAGACGGAAAAGAGUUGAAAGGGGUGGAAAGCAUUCGCACAGGUCUUCAAGAGUUAGGUCCUAGGGCAACACUUAAGCUUAGGCGCAUCGACAAGGGAAUUGGUCGAGCUGGGAGCGAAGGAGACGAUGCGGUGCAAUGGGAAUGGAAGGCGAAGAUGGAAAAGCAACGGACCAGAUUCAAUCUUUAAGUCUGCCUCAUAUUUCCUGUUAUCAUACCGAAUUAUGGAAUUCAAUAUACCCAAAUGUUGGCCCGCUUCUUAUUCUACAUCUUCAAUGUUCAUAUCCAACAGGUCACAUGUCAGUCUUACCUACAUCUACGUAGUAUCUUCAUUUAAAGUGAAAAGAAAAGCCAGUGAACCUUGGA